CCAGUACCCUGCAUAACUCUAUCUGGUCUACCACAGUACACAGAACAUGGAAAUGCAAUUAUUUUAGUAAACAUAAACUGCAAAAAAACAUUUUCUCAUCAGCAGUUAGAGCAGUCUUGUGAUUUCAGAGCACUGAUUAAAGCUUGUAGGAGAAGUUUUCUUUCUGUUCUAGGAGGAUGCAGAACCCCUGACCUCUUUCUGGACAGUGCUGAUUGGCCCUGUGCUGAUCAAAUGAACUCUCCCAAGGAAAAAAAAAAACCUCUCUAGCAAUACACACUAAACUGAGCAUGUGCAGAGUGUCUCCACACGAUCUGUCUUAUCAGGAGAUAAGAGG